GUUAUUUGCUCAGAUUGCUGAAUUGUGACUCCAGCACAACCGGCGGCGAAGCGGGGAGCCUCCGCGCCCCCCGAGCGGCCGGUUUUCCGUCGUCCUUCCGCCGCCGGCCAGGCGUGGUGACGCGCGCCCGUCACGUGAACGAUUCGCGCUCGUACCGUUUAAAUAACCGUGGUGCCAGUGCCGGCGCCAGCAGACGGCGUGGUGGACGGAGCAGUGACUGAUGAUGUUGUCCCGAUUCUCCCGUUACAUAAAUUCCAGUGCUUCAGUUUUGAAGCAAAGAAUCAAGACGUAUUCUAGUGCCAUAGAAACUUCAUUAAAAACUGAGAAGUCAAUCACUUCUGAAGAAGUUUUUGCUCGUGAAGAAAAAUAUGGUGCCCAUAAUUAUCAGCCCGUCCCUGUUGCUUUGGCUAGAGGGGAAGGUGUUUAUGUGUGGGAUGUGGAAGGCAGGAGGUACUUUGAUUUCCUAAGUGCUUACAGCGCUGUGAAUCAGGGACAUUGUCAUCCAAAGAUUAUUGCAGCACUUAAAUCUCAAGCUGAUAAACUGACUCUCACUUCUCGAGCUUUCUAUAAUGAUGUACUGGGAGAAUAUGAAGAAUAUGCCACUAAGCUGUUCAACUACAAAAAGCUGUUACCAAUGAAUACUGGUGUAGAAGGAGGAGAAACUGCGUGCAAAUUAGCCCGCAAGUGGGCAUAUGAAGUUAAAGGAAUUCCUAAAUAUAAAGCAAAGAUCCUUUUUGCAGCUGGUAAUUUUUGGGGCAGGACUAUUUCUGCGAUUUCCAGUUCAACAGACCCCAGUAGUUAUGAAGGAUUUGGCCCAUUUAUACCUGGGUUUGAAAUUGUUCCGUACAAUGAUCUACCAGCAAUAGAGCGUGCAUUCCAGGACCCUCAUAUGGCAGCCUUUAUGGUGGAGCCAAUCCAGGGUGAAGCUGGUGUUGUAGUUCCAGACCAAGGUUAUCUUCAAGGAGUGAGAGAAUUAUGUACAAAAUAUAAUGUGCUAUUCAUUGCGGAUGAAGUGCAAACUGGACUGGCUAGAACUGGUCGUAGACUGGCAUGUGAUCAUGAAGAUGUUAAGCCAGAUAUCGUUGUUCUUGGAAAAGCGCUCUCUGGAGGAGUGUAUCCUGUUUCAGCUGUUCUAUGUGAUGAUGAAAUUAUGUUGACCAUCAAACCAGGUCAGCAUGGGUCUACAUAUGGUGGCAAUCCAUUAGCAUGUCGUGUUGCUAUUGCUGCUUUAGAGGUCCUUGAAGAAGAAAAAUUGGCAGAAAAUUCUGAAGAAAUGGGAAUGUUACUGAGAAGAGAGCUAAUGAAAUUGCCAUCAAAUGUUGUGACUGCUGUACGAGGAAAAGGAUUAUUGAAUGCCAUUAUUAUUAGAAACACAGAAGCUUUUGAUGCCAUGGAUGUUUGCCUUCGCCUACGUGAUAAUGGUCUGCUAGCUAAACCAACUCAUGGGGACAUCAUUAGACUGGCCCCGCCUCUUGUGAUCAAAGAGGAUGAAAUAAGAGAAUGUGUUGAUAUCAUUCAAAAGACCAUUUUGUCUUUUUGAAGAAGAUGGAACCUGUUAAUAUGAUGAGUUGUUUCUUUUCAACAAGAUGGUAUUUGUUGCUUAUUUUACCAGUAGUUUCUUUGAAAUUGUCAAUAUUCAUCAAUCUUGUCUCAAAUAAUCAUACUGAACUCUAAUUUCAAUUAAGUAAUAAAUACUUAACUGAUAAUACAGUGGAUUUUUUCUGAAUUACAAACCAAAUUUAAAUUCUCUAUGAAAUUGAAAUCCACUUGCUGUCAUUAAGUUCUGUACAUCGAUCACAAUGGAAAUUCUUUUGCCUUGACAAGAUGGUCAAAAUUUUGUUGUAAAGUUAGUUUAUUUAUUUUUCUGGCAUAAUACAAGGUUAAAUCAUCUCAUAAUUUUUUGCUUUGUCCAUGUUGCUAAAGUAUUGUAGAAGACAAACAUCUUCCCAUUUCUAACACUGAAACAGAUUUUCAUUUCUGUGCUCCCAAUCUGUAAUCUAUCAACAAUUAAAAUUAAUGGCAUGUUGAGGACAUCCUUGAUGUAAGAAACUUGUAUUUGCUUGUAAUUUAUUAUUUCAUAAUAUGAUAUAUAAUUAUACUUUGAGGACAUGGUCUCAACAUGAAGACAGUUAAUUUUUGUCUGAAUACUGAAACAGACUCCUUAUUCUUCAACAUUAUCAAAUAAUUUUAGGUCAGAAAAUGGUGGGUUGGAUGAAGUAUGAUUUAAUACCCAUAUUUGCCAUCUUGUAACUUAUAGCCUGCAUGCAAUUAAGCAGUCUAGAGUUUGAUCCUGGAUAUGACACAAAUCAUAUUCAUAGAAGACUACAGCACAGAAACAGGUCUUUUGGCCAUCAAGUCUGUGCCAAGCUAAUAAUCUGCCCAUCCCAUCAACUGGCAUCUGGAUAGCUCUCCAUACUCCUCCCAACUAUGUACCUAUUCAAGUUUGUCUUAAAAGUUAAAAUCGUGCCUGCAUCCACUAUUUCCACUGACCGCUCAUUCCACACUCACCACCCUCUGAGUGAAGUCCCCCUUGUGAUCUCCUUAAACAUUUCACUUUCCACCUUUAACCCAUGAUCUCUAGUUCUAGUCUCACCCAACCUCAGUGCAAAAAUUAUGCUUGCAUUUACCCUAUCUGUGCUCAUAAUUUUGUAUGCUUCCUAUCAAAUCUUCCUUCAUUCUUCUAUUCUCUAGGAAAUGAAAGUCCCAACUAAUUCAACUUUUCCCUAUAACUCAGAUCCUCAAGUCCCAAUAGCAUCCUUGUAAAUUUUCUUUGCAGUUUUUCAAUCUUAUUAGCAUCUUUCCUGUAAGUAGGUGACCAAAAGAGCACAGUGCUCCAGAUUAGGUCUCUCUAGCACAGGCAUGGGCAAACUACGGCCCGCGGGCCAUAUGCGGCCUGUUAAGCUUUUUAAUCUGGCCCGCAGAACUUGAUGAAAUUAUAUUAAUAAACCUUGUUAACGUUUUUUCCCCACAAUUCUGGCGUUUUCCCAAUAGAUGACGCACUCUAUAUACAUUUGUGGCGACCCAUUUCCUGGCACAUCCGAACCGGCUCACAAUUAGCCAGCGUUCUGGCUAAGGGAGAUAGCCUGCGGGGAUUUGCGAGCACAGAGCUUUGGAGCCUCUGCGCAGGGGGGCAGGUUGAGGGAGGCUUAAAAGUGAGGCUGGGGAUUUCGAAUAAAGUUUUUUUUUCUUCGACUGCA